AUGUCAACGAAAGCAGCAUUCACAAAAACACGCGAAUUUCGCAUUGAAAAAAUCAAUGAUAAUGCUUCAUCGUUAUUGGCAUCAAUACGAGAGGCAAAUGGGUACCCGGAUAGAAUAAAUAACCAAUAUUUAUGUUCAAUGAUCUCCCAAUGUAUUUGUAAAAAUGCUACUUUAAAUUCUCUAGUCUCAAAUUAUGGUGAUGUAAAUGAGUAUUGUAAUAAAAUUGUAAAAGGUGAAUUAUAUGGUGAUGAAGUUCAACUACAAGCUUUAUCUAUCAUAUGUCGAUUAGUAAUAUGUAUUGUUUCCGCAAGCAAAAGUAUAGACGGCAGUAUUCGGAUCGGUAACAACAUUUAUGGCGAAAGUAUAGAAUCAUUUGAAGAGUGCAUCUAUAUUCUUUACGAUGAAGAACAUGAACAUUACGAUCCAUUAUAUGUGAUUAACAUGGAAAAUCAACAAAAAACCAAAGUUUUUCAACGUAAUGAUAAAACCAUUGUGAAACUUUUGAAUAUAUUUCUUAAGGAAGAAUUUAAUUAUGACAUCGAUAUGGAAUCAAAUUGUAACAAUAAAAAUUUAAUACAACCAACAAUUGAACUAGGUGACAUAAAUAAAUUUCUAAUCGUUGAAGAAAUAUUAACAGAAAAUACUUCAGUGAUUCUGAACAAUGAAAAUCCAGUAGAAAGAAUGAGACUUGAAAUCAAGCCUGCUUUGUACUUUCGCGGUCGUAAAGCCACUGAUUUUAAACCAAAAAAAUCUACAAAACGUAAUGGAAAACCAUCAGAACCAAUGGCACCACGUUAUUUUCCCGAUACAGAAAAUCAUCAUUAUCUUAACUUAUUGAUUCCAAAUGCAUAUCUAUUAGGCGAUCUUCUCGGAAUUUGUCUUGAAAUAUGUAUUGUAACAGCUGAAAUCAAUGGUUAUACAUAUUACCAUCCAUAUUUCAAGUUUCAAGUACAUCCAACUGAUCUGAAUUCUCCAAAUAUAAAUCCACGAUUCAUAUUUCUUGGCAAUACAGUUGAGUUAAAACCAUAUUCGGAGCUUUUAAAACAAUUACCGUAA